AUGUCAGCUGGGCCUAUCAUUGAACGUAACCAAGAUGCUACUAUUUAUGUCGGAGGCCUGGACGAGAAAGUUACGGAGAAUGUACUGUGGGAGCUGAUGGUUCAGGCUGGUCCUGUUACGAGUGUAAAUAUGCCAAAGGAUCGUGUGACAGCGAAUCAUCAAGGAUUCGGUUUUGUUGAAUUUGUUGGUGAGGAGGAUGCUGACUACGCAAUCAAGAUUCUUAAUAUGAUUAAGUUGUACGGAAAGCCUAUAAAAGUGAACAAGGCUAGCGCUCAUGAGAAAAAUAUGGAUGUUGGAGCUAAUAUCUUUGUGGGAAAUCUCGAUUCAGAGGUCGAUGAAAAGCUUCUAUAUGAUACUUUCAGUGCAUUCGGUGUUAUUUUACAAGUCCCCAAAAUCAUGCGUGAUCCGGAAACUGGCAACAGUAAAGGUUUUGCGUUCAUUAACUUUGCAUCAUUCGAGGCAUCCGAUAUGGCAAUGGAGGCUAUGAAUGGACAAUUUCUCUGCAAUAGGCAAGGUGAACGACACGGUACAGCAGCAGAACGUAUGCUGGCUGCCCAGAAUCCCUUGUUCCCGAAGGAUCGUCCCAACCAGAUAUUCUCAGACGCUCCUGGGCGACUACCGUUCCCACCGCCGAUGCCUGGAAUGCCUCCGAUCAUUCCUGGACUUCCUGGGAUGCCUCCAAUGCCUCCACCUAUACCGAUGGGUAUGGCUUUCCCUCCGCCACCACCAACA